AGUGUAGGAGCCUCGGUUCCCCGGGACGCAGGCUUAGUCCUGGGCGUACGGUCAUGCUGGCGGAUGGAGACGCGGCAUCUCUGCUUUCUCUCCUUCCCAUCAGGGCUUUUUCAAGAGGACUGUGCAAAACAACAAGCACUACACCUGCACCGAGAGCCAGAACUGCAAAAUCGACAAGACCCAGCGGAAGAGGUGCCCGUACUGUCGCUUCCAGAAGUGCUUGACGGUGGGAAUGCGACUAGAAGCUGUGCGUGCGGACCGGAUGCGGGGAGGAAGAAAUAAGUUCGGCCCCAUGUACAAGCGGGAUCGUGCCUUAAAGCAGCAGAAGAAAGCUCUGAUCCGCGCCAACGGCUUUAAGCUGGAGACGGUGCCCCAGAUCGUGUCCCCGGUGCAAACCGACUACAGCCUCUCCUCCGCCAUCCACGGCAUCCACUCUGUGGCCAAGAGCCUGCCGCCCAACCCGGCCGCUAUGACGCCCGUCGACUACGACAGGAGCCCCUACGGGACGCCGUCCCUGGGCAUGACUGUGCCGAGCCACGGGGCCCUGUCCAGCUACCACUACCCUGCCUUUCCCAACCGCACCAUCAAGUCCGAGUACCCCGACCACUACACAAGUUCCCACGAGUCCGUGGCCAGCUACAUGUAUCCCGACGCCUACCCCAGCAGCUCCCCGCCCGACAUCCCCGAGGUCAUUCUCAAGCUGCUGCAGCUGGAGCCGGACGAGCCGCAGGUCAAGGCUCGGAUACUGGCGUGUCUGCAACAGGAGCAGGGCAAAGGCCGGCAUGAGAAGCUCCACACCUUUGGCCUCAUGUGCAAGAUGGCGGACCAGACCCUCUUCUCCAUCGUGGAGUGGGCACGGAGCUGCGUCUUCUUCAAGGAGCUGGAGGUGGGCGACCAGAUGAAGCUGCUGCAGAACUGCUGGAGCGAGCUGCUGGUGUUUGACCACAUCUACCGGCAGGUGCAGCACGGGAAGGAGCACAGCAUGCUGCUUGUGACGGGCCAGGAGGUAAUGCCCUCCCCUCCGGCGGGAACAGCCGGCCCGGGGGCCAGCAGGGCUUGUCUGGGCACUGCCAGGCUGGUGCUGCACCUGCAGUCGCUCCAGGUGGACAGACAAGAGUUUGUGUGUCUGAAGUUCCUGAUCCUCUUCAGCCUGGACUAUGAUUUUGACACCAACAUUUACCCCCGAAAGGCACAGAACUAUAACUCCUGCAGGUCUAGGAUCUACCAUCAGAUCUUCUAG